GUAGUGUCAAGAUGGACACCGGGUUAGAUUCUCCGAUUCAAGAAGCCAUUGCAAACGAGGUAAAAAAUGUCAUCGCUAGUUCUCAGCAGGACAUGCUAAACAAUAGGAGCGCAAUGAUGGAAUCCAGAUUAAACCGUUUACAAUCCAAUAUUCAACAAUCUCAGUUUGAUAUUUCCAACGCACAAAUCAUCAAAAUAGAGGAAAGUGUAUCAGACAAUUAUAAGUUUCAAAGAAAAGGGAACGAAAAUCAGUUUCGGCACAGUGUGAAAGUUAUUUCCAAGUUAACUGAGGCCCGUUCUUUGCUUGAUACUCCUGAUGUCAGCAUUCCCAAAGUAACCGCGGCAAAGGACAAGAUAUCAGAAGGUAUAGACUUAGUUCAAGAGCGCCAAAAGUUGAUUAAGUUAGCGGAUUCUUCCGAGUUAGGAUGGCGUGUAGUGCAAGAAUGCGUUACUAAUCCUAUAGCAGACGAUUCUGGGGACGAGAAACGUAUGAAUAGAGCCCAAUCUAGAGCUUAAAGAAAGUCUAAAGUGGAAAAGGCAAAAAAGCGCACAAGACCAGUUCCAUAUAACAAAGAUAGGAGCUCUGAGGACAAGAACUCAACCUUCAAGCCUGGUAGAUGUUUCACUUGUGGAAAGAGAGGUCAUUGGAGUGACAAUUGUCCAGAAAAUAAAAAGUCAAAGAUAAGUACAAUCAAUUUAUUACCUUUAAAUAACGAUUUGUUAUCAUCUGAAACAAAGAUAAAAAAUAUUCGUUUUGAACAUACAUAUACUAUUUUACCUUCUGUCUCAAUAAUGAGCAAAAACGAAUCACAAAACAAGAAUGUAACGACUGAACAGUUCUCACCUGAAACUGUUUUAUACUUACCUGGCACACCUGUAGGUAGAUUAAAGAUCAGGUUAGAUAAAUGGAAAUUGAUAACUGAUAAUCAAUACAUUCUUGACGUAAUCGAGAACGGUUACAAAAUACCGUUUAAAAGAGAACCUGACCGUAUACAUAUUAGAAAUAACAAAUCUUCAUUAGACAACAAAGAUUUUGUUUCAUCCGAAAUUGUAAACCUGUUGAAAAAAGGCUGUAUUAAAGAAGUAAGCACUAAACCCUUAGUCGUUAACCCUCUUACGGUAGCUUUCAACAAAUCGAGUAAACCUAGACUCGUCCUUGACUGCCGUCACGGAAACCCACACUUAUUUAAAUACAAGUUUAAAUACGAAGAUUGUAAAGUGGCUAGAGAAUUGUUCAAUGGAAAUGAUUUUAUUUUUAGUUAUGAUUUAAAAUCAGCAUAUCAUCAUAUCGAAAUAUUUAAAGAGCAUCAACAGUAUUUAGGGUUAUCAUGGCUUUUUGAUGAUACAUUUAAAUAUUUUGUGUUUGCUGUUCUGUUCUUUGGAAUUUCAACUGCAGGAUAUAUCUUUUCGAAAGUAUUGCGAGAAGUUGUUAAAGAUUUUAGAUCUCAAGGCAAGAGAAUUAUUAUGUUUUUAGACGACGGUUUGGCGGGCGAAAAAGAUUUUGCCACUGCUUAACAGUGUAGUAAACAAGUUAACUUCAAUUAGAAGAUUUGGGAUUUUUAAUAGCACAUGAAAAUCGCACUAGUUUUCUUGUCACAAAUUAGAUUGGCUCGGUUUCACAUGGGAUACCAAAAAUGGUAACAUAUUUGUCAAGGAAGAAAGGAUAGAGAAACUUGAAAAAUAUUUGAAUUUUGUUUUGUUUCAAGUGACUAACGGAAAAAUUUUAUUUAGAGCUAGAUUUAUAGCCAGUAUUAUAGGUCAGCUUAUUUCCAUGCACGCCGUUUUUGGCAAUGAUGUACGUAGAAAUACUAGAUUUCUUUAUGAUUGUGUUAUGUCAAAAGCCAGUUGGCAAGCUUGUGUGAAAAUAACGCAUGAAGCUUUAAAUGAAUUGAUGUAUUGGAAUCUUCACUGUAGAAAUAUAAAUACAGUACGUGCUAAGAUAAGCACGGUAACAGUCAAUACUUUGUUUGAAUGUGAAAUUUUUUGUGACGCCUCAGAUGUGGGCUUUGCUUUGGUGGUUAUAUUACACCAUUUGCUGAGUCUCAUUUUGAGAAUUUUGAAACAUUUGGUAAUUGGACCGAAUCCGAGAUGGGUGAAAGUUCUACAUGGAGAGAGUUAGAAUGUGUAAGAAGGGUAUUAAAUACAUUUAAAAAUGUCACUGAAAACAAACAAAUUAGAAUUCAUUCAGAUAACAAGAAUGUUGAGCAUAUUUUAAAAGUACGUAGCAAGAAAUUGAAUUACAAUUAAUUUCUACUUCUAUUCUUGAUUUUUGCAAAGUACAAAAGAUUAACUUAACACCUAAUUGGAUACCUUGAGCUGAAAAUAAUGAUGCAGAUCAUUUGAGUAGAGUAAUGGAUCAUGACGAUUGGGGCAUAGAAUCGUCGAUUUAUCAUUAUUUGUGCAAUUUAUGGGACAAAUGUACGGUAGACAGAUUUGCAACACACUAUAACUCUCAGUGUAAGAGAUUUAAUUCAAAAGUAUGGUGUCUAGGGACAGAAGCUGUAGACGCUUUCACUCAGUUUUGGGGGAAUGAUGUAAACUGGCUUGUACCACCACCUAUCUUAGUUACUAAAACUCUCAAUAAAUUAAAACAAGACAAAGCAAAAGGAACACUGAUCGUUCCUGAGUGGACUUCUGCGCCUUAUUGGCCUAUUUUACAUAGAAAUGGUGAAUUUUUUGAUUUCAUGAGAAAUAUUUAUUAUUUACCUCAGAAUAAUUGUAUUGUUAAGGGGGCAGGGAAAAUGGUGUUUUCAAGACAGGGUUGCUAAAAUUCAGAAUGAUAGCUUUGAGGCUAGUGUUUUGAUUUAGUAAUUCUAUUUUGCAGGAAUAAGAUUGAGGCAGAAUGUUGGAGCAGCUGUGGAGGAGAGUGGAGUUUCUAAUGACCAUAUUCUUUAUGAUUUAACCGGGAAGAUGUCUUCAUUUCUCCUCGACUCAAGAAGUAACAAUACGAACAAGACGUACUUUUUCAGUUUCAAUAGAUGGAGUACAUUUAUCAAAGAACAUGGUUUUAAUAAUUUACCGGCCGAUCCUAUUCACGUCGCAUUGUACAUAACUAAUUUGAUAGACAAAAACUGUUCUCCAAAUGUUAUUAAUGGUGCUAUUUAUUCUUUAAAAUGGGUACAUGAGCUGAAUGGUUUUGCUGACCCUACUGAUAGUUCGUUCGUUAAAUCACUACAAGAAUCGGCUAAAAGGUUAAACGGAAAACAUGUCAACAAGAAAGAUCCUGUUAGUAUCGACAUGAUUAAUGAACUAUGUACAAAAUUCAAAGAUUAUAAUGAUUUAUUAAUUGUAAGAGAUUUAGCUAUGAUAGUGUUAAGUUUUGCAGGAUUUCUCCGUUUCGACGAGCUUAGUUCUUUAAAAUGUAAAGACGUUACUUUGUAUGAUGAAUUUUUGAAAUUAUUUAUUUCUCAUCGCAAAACGGAUCAGUAUAGACAGGGUAAUGAAAUUUUGAUUGCAAAAGGGAAAACUAUAGCAUGUCCAGUCAGUAUUUUCAAGAAUUAUAUUAAUUUGGCUGAAUUGAACCUGAAUUCAGAUUUUUAUAUAUUUCGACCUAUAUUUAGGCAUAAAUGUAUAGCUAAACUUAUUUACAAAAAUAAGAAAAUAAGUUACACAGCAGCUAGAGAAAAUAUAUUGAAAAGACUGAAAUUAGUCGCACCUUCAUUGAAUUUAGGUUUACAUUCCUUGCGUACUGGUGGGGCGACCGCUGCUGCUAGUUCAGAAGUUAAUGAACGAUGCAUUAAAAGGCAUGGCAGAUGGAAGUCUGACACUAGCAAAGACGGUUAUAUUGCUGACACUUUAGAAAAGAGGCUUUCUGUAUCUCAGAGUCUUGGAUUAUAGACGCUUCUACUCAUAUAUCAACCCUUUCUUUGUAUGUUUUCUAGCUGUCUGGGUUAUCGGCAAUAUGAAUAUAUUGUUUUGUUUUAUUUAAGCCUAUAUAUUUAUGGGAAAGAAGUUAAGGUAAUAUUUACAUUUUCGCGCCUUUCAAAGAAUAGCGGGAAACAUUUGUAUUAACGAUGCGUAUGAAUUUUAUAAUUUAGUCACGUGCAAAUUUUUUCGUGCGGGAAAAUAUUUUGAAAGCCUUCACUUUCUACCCAACAGUCUUAGUGUCAAGUUUCUUUUUACAUAUUUCAGAUAUGUAUCAUUUUUAGUUCUAAUUCAUAUUUUGCUCAUGAUUAGUUGUUAUUAUAUAUAUCUCAUUUUUUGUAUACUGUCCAAGUAUACCUCUUGAGACGGUCUUCCGAGCAUUGGGUUUGGACACAGGUUUCCAACUUUUUUCCACUACAUAUUUAGUAUUUAAUGUAGUUUGACCGAGUAAACUCGUUUUAGUUGGUUGUUCCUGGCCGGCGGGAUCGUCGAUGAUAGAGACUUUGUCAUUAUUUGGUAUUAAAUUUUAAAAUACAGCAUAUCAGCAUUCAGUCAUCAUUUAUAAUUGUAAUGAUUUAUUUAUGUAUUUAUGCUUAUGAAUUGUAUUUGUCAAUUUAUUAAAAUCCGGUGUCCUUCAAGCUGUCUGGGUUAUCGGCAAUAUGAA